GCCCUCAAGCUCCUCGUGGCGAUGGUGCUGGGCCUCUUCCUGGCGGCAAGCUCCGCGUGGAAUGGGGGCUCGGCCGUGCUCUCCAAGGGCGGCGCCAAGUCUCCAGGACUUCAAGGCGGUGCUGCUCAGCAGGACCCCAUGCUCGCGGAGCUGUCGGUGGAGGAGCUCGAGUCUUUCGUCAAGAUGGCCGAGAAGAUGGGCUGGACCGAGGCUGCUGGCAAGGCUCGGGCCCAGCUCGCUGCUCGUCGCGCUCCUUCUGCUCCCAAGCCUGGUCCUGAGGAGCACCUGGCACGCAUCCAGCGUGAGCGGGUCAAGCACGGGAAUAGGAUGGAGAAGGAGCUCAAGCGAAUCGCCACGCUGGAGAUGCAGCUGGCAGCCCAACGGGAUUUGGUGCGUAUUAUGGCGAACGAGCUGGACCAGUUGGACAAGAUCUACGAGGAGACG